AUGUGGAAGCUAGUGGUGUGCAGUGGAGAAGGAGGGGAUGGGGAGGAUGAGGCGAUGUGGCUUAGAAGCGUGAGUAAUCACAGGGGAAGGCAAUUCUGGGAGUUCCACUCCAAUCUGGGAACCCCUCAGGAGCGAGCUCACAUCGACAAACUCCGCCAUGAAUUUCAAAACAAUCGGCUUCAAGCUAAACACAGCUCUGAUCUCCUAAUGAGGCUCCAGUUUGGAAAGGAGAAUUCAAAUAGGAAUAGUGAUGAUGAUGAUGAUGAGGCGAAGAAGAAGCGGGAGGAGGAAGAGUGUGGAUCAGCAGAAGGAGGAGGAGGAGCAGGCAUAAAAGCAUUAAUAGGAUUGAGAAGAGGGUUGAGAUACUACGCCACCCUGCAAGCUGAAGAUGGGCACUGGCCCUCUGACUAUGGUGGCCCUUUGUUUCUCCUCCCCGGUUUGGUGAUUAGCUUAUUUGUAACAGGGGCAUUAAAUAUGAUUCUACCAUAUGAGCAUCGACUAGAGAUACGACGCUACUUGUAUAACCAUCAAAAUGUAGAUGGUGGAUGGGGAUUACACAUAGAAGGGCACAGCAUCAUGUUGUGUACUGCUCUCUCAUAUGUGGCCCUAAGAUUGAUAGGAGAAGGAAUGGACGACGGGGAUGGGGCAAUGGAGAAAGCAAGGAAAUGGAUUCAUGAUCGAGGUGGGGUCACUCACAUUCCAUCAUGGGGCAAGAUGUGGCUCUCAGUACUUGGAGCUUAUGAGUGGAGGGGCAACAACCCAGUUUGUCCCGAGACAUGGCUUCUUCCUUAUUCUCUUCCUAUACAUCCGGGACGAAUGUGGUGCCAUUGCCGGAUGGUUUACUUGCCGUUGUCAUAUCUAUAUGGGAGAAGAUUCGUAGGAAGCAUUAGUGCCCUUAUUUUGUCACUGAGAAGGGAGUUGUACACCCAACCAUACCAUCUAAUUGAUUGGGAUUGUGCUAGAUCUCUUUGUGCAAAGGAAGACCUAUAUAACCCGAACAACAAGAUUCAAGGCAUCCUAUGGGGUUGUCUACAAAAAUUUGGGGAACCUCUUCUCAUGCGUUGGCCUUUCUCUAAGCUAAGACACAAGGCUUUAAAUACUGUGAUGGAACACAUCCACUAUGAGGAUGAAAACACAAACUACAUUUGCCUUGGACCAGUGAAUAAGGUUCUAAACAUGGUAUGCUGCUGGGUGGAGAAUCCAAAAUCGGAGGCAUUUAAGCGUCACCUGUAUAGGAUUAAAGAUUACCUGUGGGUAGCCGAAGAUGGGAUGAAAAUGCAGGGAUACAAUGGGUCUCAGUUAUGGGAUGUUUGCUUUGCAGUUCAAGCAGUCCUUGCUGCCGAACGCCACCUCCUCCAUCAUCAUCAUGAGUACUUCGCUCCCAUGCUAAAAAAAUCACAUGAUUUCAUAAAGAACUCACAGUUAAGGAAGAACACGAGUGGGAAGCUGAGCAGUUGGUACCGCCACAUUUCAAAGGGGGGAUGGUCUUUCUCCACUCCUGAUGUCGGCUGGCCUGUUUCUGACUGCACUGCUGAAGCUUUGAAGGCAGCUCUCUUACUAUCGCAGAUGCCCUCUGAUGUUGUUGGAGAACCAAUAGCUUCUGAUCAGAUAUUGGACGCUGUCGAUUUCAUUCUCUCUCUCCAGAACAGCAAUGGAGGCUUUGCCUCGUACGAGCUUACAAGAUCUUAUGCCUGGCUCGAGAUGCUGAAUCCAACUGAAUCAUUCGGAGACGCAAUGAUAGACUAUCAGUACGUGGAAUGCACGUCGGCAGCAAUCCGGGGCCUCGCAGAAUUUGAAAAACUUAACAAGGGAUAUCGGGAGAAAGAAGUCCAGACCUGCAUUGCAGAAGCAAUGAACUUCAUUCAAACCAUACAAUCACCUGAUGGCUCCUGGUAUGGUUCGUGGGGAGUGUGCUACACAUACGGAACGUGGUUUGGAAUAAAGGGGUUGGUGGGUGGGGGCAGCACCUACCAGAGCAGCUGCAGCAUCAGAAGAGCCUGCCAUUUCCUACUGUCCAAGCAGCUUCCCUGUGGUGGAUGGGGCGAGAGCUACCUCUCCUCCCAAAACAAGGUGUACACAAAUUUGGAAGGAAACAAAGCGCAUCUUGUAAACACAUCGUGGGCCAUGUUGGCUCUUAUUGCAUCUGGCCAGGCCGAGAGAGAUCCAACCCCAUUGCAUCGUGCGGCAAAGGUGUUGAUUAAUUCCCAAAUGGACAAUGGAGAUUUUCCACAACAGGAAAUUAUAGGAGUGUUCAACAAGAACUGUAUGAUCAGUUACUCAGCCUACAGGAACAUAUUUCCCAUUUGGGCCCUUGGAGAAUAUCUCAACCAUGUAUUACAGCAAAAGUAA